GGGUAUGCUUGUAACUUUGUCGAAAAUGGAUACGAGAAUACAAACUUCCUUGGAAUGCUCACAGAAAAGGACCUUAAGCGAAUAGGGAUCAAGAUAGUUGCUCAUCGUACGAAAUUGUUCCGGUUAAUCCAGGAUAUUCCAGAGUUUAAGAUUCCUAUUGGUGUCCCGAACGAUGUACAAUCUUGGCUACGCGGGAUUGGUUUACUUGAAUAUAAACAGAGCUUCAAUAGAAAUCAAAUCAAAACAGUCCAAGAUAUGGAAGUGUUGAAAACCAUCACAAAGGAAGAAAUUGAGGAAGAUCUCAAAAUUACAAAAUCAGGUCAUAUACAGCGUCUUCUUGAUGCCAUUCCAUGCCUUCGUCAGCCAGCCAAAGAGGAACGGAUCAUGAGAGAAAUUAAGGAGCAGAUAGGUCAGAUCCACCACCUGGAAGAUUUGAGUAGCGUGAAUCGAGAGGAGUAUAAGUUCUGGGCGGAUCUCAUUAAAGUUUGUUUAACGCCCUCGGCAGAUGUGUUUAGUUUAGAGCAAACUCUCAAAGAAAAUUUAAGGACGUUACGUAACGAAUGGUUGAUGGUAUCGGGGAUAGUCAACUGUUUAUGGAUCGUGAUUAUUAUGACGAUAUCAAGUAGUAUCGACUUAAAGGUGGCUGGGACAAAUAUACUUAGCCUAUUGUUCCUAAUUGUAUUUGGAUUUCUGUUUGUUCUUCAAUUUAUCUGCAUGUUGUUACACAGAUUUACAACACUCUCUCACUUUAUUGCGCGUGCGCCAUAUCAAUUUGGCGAGAAUUAUCGAACAUCUGUUGCUUUUCUGUCACGUGACCUGGAACCAGAUGCGAACAACCUGGACCAGAUGCCGAAUCUUGAUCGCCACAACGAGGCUACUGAGAACACCUCCUUGUUAUCAGAUCAUGGCAAUGAUUUGUAUCAAGGACGUCGUUAUGCUCAGACGUGUCAAUCAGUGUGAAUGAUGAUUUGAAUAAUUUCUAAUCACAAAAAAAUGUUCAACCUGUGCAUGAUGCAUCAUGAAUUUAAAUUUGUGAUCUUCAUAAAUGCUCCAUAAUUAUAACAUGUAAAUUUUAGGCAUGACUCAUAUAUAUACAAUGUUUAUUUAAGGAAUCACUGUCUAGUUAGUAUAGUAUACCAGAGCAUCAACGAUAGUGGAAAACAUGGGAUAAUUUAUGCAAAACGGGCUUCGAUAGUGGAAGACAUGGUAUAAUCUGCAUAAAGGGCGAAGCAUGACUCAUAUACAAUGUUUAUCUUUUUCGUACUGUUGUGCAUUAUUGUAUGUUUUGAAAUUACGGGGUUGCGAUAUAAAUAUAAAAUUCACAGUUGAAAGCCGUCUGACAUAUUGUAUUUUUUUUUUCAUUUUACUGCGCA